UCCGCGCGGUUCAGUUUACUCGGUGCCACGCGGUCUUCGGCCGAGCCGUCGUUGUGCGUUGUCGUUGUUGUUGUUGUUGUGCAGAACCCCAGCAGCAAGCAGGGAACACAGCGAGUUGCAUGUGGAGGACGCGGAGUGUCGAGAAGCGUGGACCGUGGCACGCAACCAACGAUCGGUCCACGAUGUGGUGCCGAAGGUCAAAUGUAGCUGGUAGUCGCAUGACGGCGAAGUGGUGUGUGGCCGGAUGUGGAUGCGUCGUUUUCCUUCUGCUGCUGGCCACCCUCAUCUGCCAGCCAGUCCAGAGCCAAACGUUCAUCCGGCGAACGGCCAAUGUUUGCCGAACAGAUGACGAGUGCCCGAUGCAAGCCUACUGCGAACGGUACAAUUCGGUCCACGAGUAUGGUGUUUGCUCGUGUAUGGCGGGCUACUUUGCUGUAACCGAUGCCAACAGUACACGCAGAUGUUUGCGAGCGGCCACCGAUAUUGGCGACUAUUGUCUGCACAACGACCAGUGCCAGUACACGCUGAGUACGGAUUCGGAAUGCCGGGACAACUCUUGCCAGUGUCGGGAAGGUGCACAUUACGUCGAGCGUGAAAAGCGUUGUUACAAGACGAGCUUUCUGGGCGAUUACUGCCGCCUUACCAACAACUGCAUUGGAAAUGGCACGUACUGUCGGGACGGUGUCUGUGUCUGCACACCAGGCAAGCACGCGAAUAAUGAUAGGAACCGGUGCCUACAGGAUGCCAAACUGGGUGACCCAUGCUUCCGGGAUGAGGAGUGCGUGACGGACAAUUCGCGCUGUGCCCAGGAGGUCUGCACGUGUCGCGUCAGUCACGUGCUCAACGAACACCGGAACCGAUGCUUACCGAUUGCCAGUAAAAUUUACGACCUUUGUGAGGAACACAUCCAGUGUCUGUACAACAUUCCCUACUCGCAGUGUCGCAUCACGACCGGAACGGAUGGUAUUACUAGCGGCAGGUGUACCUGUGCGAAUCGUUUCCACGAGAUGAACCUGAAAUGCCACUCAUCCGUACACCUGAAUGGGAUCUGUGAGGUGAAUGAAAACUGCAUCGAUAUCGACACAGCCUGUAUUCACGGGCGUUGCCGCUGCAUAGAUCACCUGAUAGAGGUGAAUGGAGUGUGCUCCGGAGCCGUUUCGAUGGUUUACCGUAGUUCUGUAAUCCUCAUUCUUACACUGGUUACACUUGGCACAUCGUACGGAAUUAGUUGACCGCGAAGUUUAUCACGACAAACCCCCAUAACGAGACGUUAACGAUGGCUACUCUCGAUUGAGAAGAUACUCACACCGUACAGACGUCAGUCUAUGCAUUCCAAAGGUUCCAACCAAUGCACCUAUUUACCGUCCAAACAACUAGAAUAGUUAGAUAAGAAUAAAUUCGUUGGAAGCGAUCACUUUUAACAAUACAGAGACAGUCCGAUAGUUUUGAGGUUGAACUUGGUAAAAUACUCGUUCGAAUAGAAGCGACAGAUGGUAAGUAUGCUGUAAAGGCGCUUAGGGACCACAUGAUAGA